AGCGGACCAAUCACAGGGGCUACGGCGUAGAUGUCGUGGGAACGCCGUCGCGACGACGGGGGAGCAUGAGGCCUUAAAGCUGUGAACUGGACAAGAGACAUGAUCAUCAGAGCUGAGCUGCUGGAUCAAAGAAACCAGAGACAGAUGUGUUGAUAUGAAAUCAGAGAAACUCGUUAUGGAGCAGAAAUAUGACACAGUCUCAUCAGCUCAGCUCACAUUCAGCUGCAGGAGGGUUUUUGUUUCACUCUUUCUCACUGUGGGAGAAAAGAUCUUUGGCUCUGGGACUAAACUGUAUGUAACAGAGCAGCAGGUAGUGAAGCCCGUGGUGAGCGUGUACCCAGCAGCCUCCAGAGAUCCCCUGAAGAACCACCUGCUGUGUGUGGCCUCAGCCAUGUUCCCUCCUGAGGUCCAGUUCUCCUGGAAAAGACUGAAGCAGAACGGCGUACUGGAGGAGCUGAACUCCAGAGAGGGAGAGCAGCUGGAGCUCAGAGAGUCGGGACGCUCCACCUCCAUCUUGGUGCUCGGUCAGCAUGAUCCUGAAACACAAUAUUACUGCUCCGUGAAGCACGAGGAAGUCAUAGAGGUCACUGCCCCUCCGUCUACUGCUCCCUCGACUCCUCCUCCUCCUACCCUUCCUCCCUCUACUCCUCCUCCUCCUCCUCCUCCUCCAUUCGUCCCUCCACCACUCUGGUCCAGAGAGAGGCUGCUCUGCCUGCAGUACACAGUGCUGAUAGUGAAGAGUGUGGUCUACUGCUUUGGACUCUCUCUGAUGAUGAUCCUCAGAAACAAAGGACCGUCCACCAGCUCCACACAUGCUGACUGACCUCCAAGAGCUUUGACGUCUCACUCACACCUGCUGGAAAACUCAAACAUGUUUUCUGUCAUCAACUAUAAAGAACAACAAAGAUUAUCUUGAAACAAUCUUCCUCCUGAACACAUGUAGAAAACACAGAGAAUAAGAAUAGAAAGAGGAACUUCAGUUCAGUCAGUAUUUUAAACAAAGAAACUAAUGACAUAUUUCUCUGUUUUUCCUUUUCCUGAUAUUGUUUCUCAAUGUUAAACUUUCUUUACAUUUCCUCAGUGUUACUUUCAGAAUAAAAAUGUUUGACUAAAACGAAAAAAAGUUUUUUCUGAAAAGGUUUGUAGAAGAUUUCAGUUUGUAGUGAUGAAUUUAAAAUAUGUGAAUUCCCACAUUUCUUUCAAAAUGCUUUCUUUCACUGACUAUAUUUUAGUUCUUAAUUAUCAAAAAUGUUCAUGGUUGACUAUAUUGAAAAAAACACAUUUUACACAGUUUAAAGAUUUUGAUAUUUCAAGUAAAAUUAUUUUGAACCAUUUAUUCCAUUGAUAUUUCAGUUUAUUCAAUUAUAUUUCUCUGCUUUUCCUGUUUAUA